AGAGGGAAAUCCGAACAAGCCUGAUUUUGUUCAGAUGGCCAUUUCGCAUACUUUAGGAACUGACUCACUUGUUAGUCAUGCCUUCAAUAGAGAUGGCACAGAGCUCGCCCUUUCUGUCAAUACUAGCGACGUUUACUUGUUGAGUGUUCCAGAGUCACCCAGUGGAAGGUUUCAGGUUAUCGAUGUCCUACGGGAACAUAGUGCUUUAGUUACAAGUAUAGACUGGGCACCGCAGACAAAUAGGAUUGUUUCAUGUUCUGCUGAUCGUAAUGCCUACGUAUGGAAUAAGCAGUCCGAUAAUAAAUGGAAGCCAACACUGGUUUUGCUCAUGAUCGAUAGAGCCGCAGUGUGCGUAAAGUGGUCUCCAUUAGAGGACCGUUUCGCUGUGGGCAGUGGUUCAAAACUUUUGGCAGUGUGUUGGUUUGACGAGGAAAGUGAUUGGUGGAUUGGCAAAAAGAUUAAAAAACCUAUAAGAUCUACCGUCACAUGUAUUGACUGGCAUCCAAAUAAUGUUCUUCUAGCUUGUGGGUCAAGCGAUUUUCACACGAGAAUAUUUUCGACCUUCACAAGCUCAGACUCUUCGGAAUCAGUGUGGGGCAAACACUCUCCUUUGGGUGCCAUACUAUUCGAUCAUUCGGAUGGGGAAGGUGGCUGGGUUCUAAGCGUUUCAUUUUCAGCAGAUGGAAAUAAAUUAGCAUGGACUAAGCAUAAUUCAACAAUUUUUGUAGCUGAUGCAAGUAUUAGUGCCACACCUACUGUUACACGUUUACGAACUGAUUUCUUACCUUUCGUCAGUUGUAUUUGGAUUGGACCAUCAACUUUUGUAGCAGGUGGUUACGACUGUUGUCCUAUGCUAUUUAGAUAUAAUGACCAAUCAAUCACUUUUGUUCAUCAGUUGGAUACUAAAAGUGAAUCUCGUUAUGGUGGAAAGGUAACAGCUAUGAAGAAAUUUCAAGAUAUUGAUCGCAUGGCUACAGCUGAUAAUACUAGCUCUCGUUUGCCCACAAUUCAUCAAAAUUGCAUUAAUGAAAUUCGAAUUCUUAAAGGUGAUCGUUCAAUGGCGACAGAACUCAGUUCAGUCGGUCGAGAUGGUAAUCUCGUAUUGUGGAACUUCCCAACAUUGUAUGAACAAAUUGCGGAUUUGAAGAUAGUUUGA